UAAUUUGGUCACAGAAAUGGCUGCCACCAACUUCACUACGAAAGACAUUGUAUAUGCUGUUUGUGCCGUCUCAACGGACCUUUUGAACGUAGUUGGCCAUAGCACGAUACUGAUCCUCAUUUACAUGGAGAACAGAGCGAGAACAGCCACCAGUAAACUACUUAUCAACCAAACACUCGCCGACGGAACUGUAGGCGUCGUGUAUCUAUUUGCGACCAUUUGCUUGGCGAUAUAUGAUCCAGACGAGAAGGACGUCAAGUUCAAACUGACCAUUGUCCGAGUGUGUCUGGUAGCAUUGUACAGCGAGUCCCUGCAAACCCUGGGAAUGAUUGCCUUCUCUCUUUACAUUGCGAUAUGUCACCCCCUAACAUACCGGUUCUGCAAGAAGUCGACGAUGGUGGCGGUGUUCGUCAUCACCACCUGGACCUUGAACAUCGUCGUGGCCUUGCUCAUCCUCGUGGCCGACGGCGCCUUCACGAACUCCGACUAUACGAUGUUUAGUUUCUACAGACUAAACGGCAAAAGCGUAUGGUAUGAAAUACUGAAGUUACUCGUCAUGUUUCUGCCGCCACUUUUUGGAGUAACCUGUUGCAUACGCGUCUGGAUCCACAAACGGAACGUUGACCAAGACGUCCUACAAGCCCAGAGCAGCACCAAGAAACUUGUUAGUCAGGCAUUUGGAAUCUUGCUAAUGUCCAGUGCUUAUGUCAUUGCUUUCAUGAUACAAAUAAUCGGCGAGAACUUGUAUCCCCAUAACAAAGACUCUAACAAUGCGUCCCCUAUCGUCUCGUUCAUCGUAUAUAUCUACCUGGUGGGGAAGCUGCCGAUUUUUCUCCUCGUCUUCAAACCCUACCGCCAGGUGGCACGGGACUGCUGCUGUCCAUGUCGCAACAAUCGAAUCCAACCACUGUCCGCCGAAAUAGGGGCACUCCAAGUACAAGGUGCUGAACCAACUGUUCCCAACCUAUCGAGGACAACCCUAAACAACAACCGUCAUUUAAAGCCCACACGGGAACCUGAUGCUAGUUCCCAUACAGUCCUUGGUUAG